AUGUCAAUGGAUAAAAAGGACAGCAAAUCUCUUCCUACUUUUGAUGAUGACGAACUUGAAAGGUUAGCCGCUGAAGAAAUCUUAAAAGAAGCAAAGAGAGGAAAAGAUCGCUCUGAAAGAAUAGGAGUCAUUGGAUGGAAAAAAUUACCGGGUGCUAAUAAGGUUUAUUUGAAAAAUAUGAUGACAAAUGCUGUUCGAUCAAACAAAAGGAAAGAGUUGCCCAAACUUGCUAGUGCUAAAGACUGCGUCAAGAAGAGUCGUUUAAACGAAAAGUCGGUUACUACUACAGACAAACGUUCCAAGAGCAGGGAUCACGCCCAAAAUAAAGCAAAGGAACAUUACCAUACAUCUCAUAGUAAUAAAGUUAGACGUCACAGUGAUAUUUCAAAUAAAGCUGCUAAUUAUAAUCAUUGA